AUCUUGAGAAAUAUAUCUUCUCAAUGCAAUUUGUUGUUAUAUCGAGUAUUUCUUUAUAAAUACAACACUAUAUGAGACAUAUCUAUACACAAAAUGACAGUUUUGAGGUUAGAGAGUAUAAUAUUUUGCAUUAUCAAAAAGAGCUGUUUUGCCAAAAAAGAGAACGAUUUUGUAAUGUGACUAAAGUUAAAUCCUUUUUAACUUGAUUUUUAUGUUUAAAAACACAUUUGAUUAUGCCAACUUUAUCACUCUCUCUCACACACACACACAUUUUAUUUUAUUAUUAUUUAUAUUAUUUUUUUAUUAGAUUAUCCUGCAAUUUUGAGAUUUUUGGUCUAGUUAUUUUACUUCAAAGCGCAAUGCCAAUUGAUCAGAUACAGUAUUCUGAGAAAUACUGCGACGAUAAGUACGAGUACAGGCAUGUGAUACUGCCGGUUGAUAUAACCAGACAUGUCCCAAAGACCCAUCUUAUGACAGAAACCGAAUGGAGGAACUUGGGAGUCCAACAGAGUCCUGGAUGGGUACACUAUAUGAUGCAUGGACCAGAACCACAUGUUCUAUUAUUUCGCAGACUGAGGACCGAUAUUAUGGCAACAUCUAAAGGUAGCACUUUACAAAGACAGCAAACUGUUACUUGCUGAUUAACUGAAUUUGAUAAAAUUCGCAAAAUGAAUAAUUGCUCCGAUUUCCUAAAUUGUUCAACGAUAGUACGAAAAAUUAGUCAAUUGCGUGUGGUUUUUUGUCAAAUGAAGCAAAUAUACGGGCAAGGACAAUGACGAUAGAUUGAUGGGAAGCAUUCACGGAAACAUGCGACUUUAAUCACUUUUCCGUUAGCGAUUGGAGAUGCAACGUAGUGGUGAAUAAAGAAUCGAGAUUGUCGUGUA